GCAACUAGUCAAGUCACGCACCCCUAAACCAAAGUUUGAGGAUUGAAGUCUGAAAAUAUUAGUAAUAUGUGUCAAAAUUAGUGUUAUAAGUGUGACAGUGCAAUAUAAUAAUGCCAAGAAAACGUAUAAACCGUUCACCACCUAUUGAAAAGAGAGAUGACGUGGAAGAUGAAGAUUUUCUUUUCGAUGAUUCUCAGUCCAGUUCUGGGAGAAGUGGACAUGAGCCGCAACACAGGAAUGCAGCCAACGCCCGUGAGCGGGCUCGUAUGAGAGUGCUUUCCAAAGCUUUUUGCAGAUUGAAAACCACUUUACCAUGGGUACCAGCCGACACCAAGUUGUCAAAACUAGAUACAUUACGGCUGGCUGCCUCAUAUAUAGCACACCUACGGGCGUUACUGCACGAACCGAGAUCAGCACACACACCACCGCACCCUCUUAACUUGGCUUGGCCAUUUGCUUUUCAACAUGGUGGCACAUUGAGCUGCACGAUUUCGCAAAGAUGGAAUAUUAACUCACAGAAUAACGAAUCUUCAGCAAUUAAUCGAAAUAAUCAGACUUCAAGGGAAGGUCAAAAUGGCGUCAAUUGCAAUGACAGUUAUGGGCAAGACUAUUCCGAAAACGACUACGAAGAAAGAAAUUAUGAAGAACACAAUGAAGUGCCUUGUAAUUCAAUGCAGUAUUGCAAUUAUGGUUACAAAGAAAACUUUUACGAAAUGAGAAAUUCGUACUCAUCCGACGGCUUAAUGAACAAUGUGUGAUAUUAUUAUGGAUUUUAAUUAUUUAUGUACGAGUUAUUUUGUAUUUUGCGUAUA